AUGGGCGACGAGAUGCGGCCGGCAGUGAACGCCUUCGCUGGACGGGUCGGCGGCAACCAGGAAUUCAUCCUAGAUCGCAAUGACCCUGACAACCGGUCGCUUCUUGAGCAGAACCCCGAUGCCGCGCCCAUGAUCCCGCUGCGGCAGUUGUUCGACCUCCGUGGCCUGUGGAACGUGUUGCUCUGGAAGCAAGCCUUCGCAGAGGGCAUGGGCACCCUGAUCCUCGUCUAUGCUACCGGCUACAUGGCCACCUCGCCCAACAUUCACACUCCUCCGCCGUCUCCUACAUCCGGGCCCUUCAGCACCACCUCCUUCCUCGGCGCACUGAUCGGCGGCAUCACCAGCACCAUCUUCCUCACCAUCGCAAUCCUGACGUUCGGCCCCAUCACCGGAGGUCACCUCAACCCGUUCAUCACCAUCGCCACCUUCGUCAUCCGGCUGACCUCGCUCCCUCGCGCGAUUCUGUACAUCGGCUUCCAGCUCGUCGGCGCCUCCCUCGCUGGCCUCCUGAUACGCGCGUCCUGGGGCUCCCGCGACUUCAAGGUCGGCGGUUGCUUCUUGUUCGAGGCGCAGGGCGCCACCGUCGGCUCCGCCUUCGUGACCGAAUUCGUCGGCUCUUUGUCCCUCAUCAUCCUCGUGUUCGGCGUCGCUCUCGAUCCGCGCAACAAAGCUGUGCUGGGACCCGUGCUGGGCCCUUUUCUGGUCGGCAGUACCCUCGGCGUAUUGAGCUUUGGUCUGAGCUUCGGGAAAGAGGGGUAUGGAGGGCCAAGCAUGAAUCCUGCUAGGUGCUUUGGGGCGUAUGUGGGCAGUCGCUUUCCGGGUUGGCACUGGGUGCAUUGGGUGGGGCCUAUCGCAGCUGCUGUGGCGCAUGCGAUCAUGUAUGCGGCGGUACCGCCUUGGGAGUUGCGGGGCCAAAUAGAAGAGGUGGAGACGAGAGAGGGGAAGGUUGGCAUGACGCCGACGGUAGGGAGCAGCACGCUGGGAGAUGGGCAUACGCACGCAGUUGUGCCAAGGCCGAAAGGUAUUCAGGACGGAGGAAGCGACGCCGGCAGGGGCGAGGAGGUCUGA